CAAAGGUAACAGGCUUUCCCUUCCUGCGAGUCCCCAGGGGCUGCGUCCCGAAUGCCACGGGCUCCACGCGUGGGCCGGAAGCGGAAGUGACGUCAGCGACCCGCGGGUUCUUUGCCGGCGGCGCUGGCUGCGCUCGGCGGUCCCGAGCACCCUCUCCUCGUGGUGGGUGCGUCCCUCAUUUGGGUCCCUUUCAGAAGCUUCCAAAGCCACCUCUCUGCGUUGUUUCCUACAAGGAAAGGAAUUUCCAGUGCUUGGUGAGGCUGACUCCAUUCCCUGCUUCCUCCCAUCUCGCAGAUAUAUUGAUCCCAGUGAAUUCAGGUGGUCGUCUUUCUAGAGGCCUGAAGAAAAGGCAAAGGUGGAGAGGAUGGUAGCUGAUUGCCUGACACAUUGCUACGAGGACUCGGUGACCUUUGAGGAUGUGGCUGUGGGCUUCACCCAGGAGGAAUGGAUCUUACUGGAUCGGGCUCACAGAGAGCUAUACAGAGAGGUGAUGCUGGAGACCUACCAGAACCUGGCCUCACUCGGACGUGAACCCAUCAAACCUAGUCUGAUCUCCUGGCUGGAAGAAGAUCUGUGGCUUGUACAGAGCGGAGCCCUCCAUGACUGGGAAAUGCAACUUAAAACUAAAGAGUCAACAGUUCAGGAGGACUCUUUGAGGAAACACACUUCCAGUGGGAUACGAACAGCAGGAAGCCACCUCGCCCAGGCCCUCCGUGAUCACGCGCAGGGCGGAGAAAUCUUCAGUGAGCACUCGUAUUUCAAGACACCCGUGAAGACACAGCACGCGUGGCCCCCGGCGGCCCCCGGCGGCCGCUCCAGCGAGGCGGCGGCGCCCGUGCCCCUGCACGCCCUCCGCACCUACGCGUGCAAGCUGUGCGGCAAGGCCUUCGGGCGCUCCUCCAACCUCAGCCGGCACAUGCGCACGCACACGGGCGAGAAGCCGUACAAGUGCAAGGAGUGCCGCAAGGCCUUCACCACCUACUCGCGCCUGGUGGAGCACUUCCGGACGCACACGGGCGAGAAGCCCUACAAGUGCAAGGACUGCGGCAAGGCGUUCAGCAAGCGCUCGGGCCUCAUCACGCACCUCCCCACGCACGCCUCGGACAAGCCGUACGCGUGCGAGCAGUGCGGGAAGGCCUUCGCCUCGGCCCCGCGCCUGGCGCAGCACACCCGCAUCCACAGCGGCGAGAGGCCGUACAUCUGCAAGGAGUGCGGCCGGGCCUUCCUCACCUCGUCCUACCUGCGCAACCACGUGGGCCGCACCCACAGCCGCGAGCGGCCCUACCUGUGCGGGGACUGCGGCAAGGCCUUCCACUCCUACUCCUACCUGCGCCGCCACGUGCGCAUCCACAGCGGGGAGAGGCCCUACCUGUGCAAGGAGUGCGGCAAGGCCUUCCUCAACUCCUCCUACCUCCACAACCACGUGCGCAAAACGCACAGCGGCGAGAGGCCGCACAUCUGCGGCGAGUGCGGGAAGGUCUUCCACGCCUCCUCCUACCUCCGGCGCCACGUGCGCACGCACAGCGGGGAGCGACCCUGCAUCUGCAAGGAGUGCGGGAAAGCCUUCCUCAACGCCUCCUACCUGCGCAAGCACCUGAGCACGCACGCCGGGGACCGGCCCUACGGCUGCACCGAGUGCGGCAAGUCCUACAGCCGAUCGAACCUGCUGCACGACCACCUGAAAACGCACCUGGUGGAAAAGCCAUUCGAGUGCGACGUGUGCGGGAAAGCCUUCCAGUACUUCUCAUACCUCACCAAACACAUCCGCAUUCACACCGGAAUCAAGCCCUACAAGUGUAAGUACUGCGGCAAAGACUUCACCACGUCCUCCAGCCGCACGGAACACGUGCGGACCCACACCGGGGAGCGGCCCUACGAGUGCAAGGAGUGCGGCAAAGCCUUCAGCUCCUCCUCCAACCUCAUCCACCAUGGCAAGAUCCACAGCAGAGAGAAACCUCUCGUUAGAGAGGUAAAAAAAACCUCCACUAGCUCCUAACUGAGCACUUACUAACUGACGCCAACAGCAAUGGCUUGGGACGGAAGGAAGGCUGACAAUCCUGUAGGAAUUCUCAUCUUACAACAUCACACUGCAAUGUUCCCUGGGCUUUCUGCCCAGGCACUGGUGGUUCACACCUGGAAUCCCAGUUACUCAGGAGGCUGAAAUCUGAGGGUCCGCAGUUCAAAGCCAAACCAGGCAAGAAACGUCCAUGAGGUUCAUUGUCUCCAAAAGCAAGAAAGCAAGCAAGAAAGAGAAAGAGAAAUCUACUCCAGAAAAGCCAGACAUGAAGUGGUAGCUCUAGUAGAGCACAAGCCUAGAGCAAAAAAUAACUAAAGAUAAGGAAUAUGGGCCAGCGCUCAGUCAAGCCAGUUCACUUGAAAAUAUGAAUUGAACCUGUGUUCUCACAGCUCCCCAUGAAUGUAAGCAAGAGAGCAGGAAAUCCCUCACUUGUUUCCUGGGAAGUUAUUAAAUACAGUUAUUAAAUACCAUGGAGGGAGAGAACGCUGGUGUAAAUAAUAAGGUUGGAUCAUGGCUGUACAAGAUAUUUCCAUCUUCCCUUGUGCUUUCAGUGGCAAACACUGAAGGUAAGGAACAGUGGGAAAUCCCUUUCAUGGGGCAUGAAUCCUCCAGCUGACUCCACCAAGAGAUGACUCUAAGGGAAGUGGAAUUUGCCCCCCACCCCCAAUCAGUCCAUCUGGAUGGUGUUGGUGUAUUUGGACCAUUUUUUUC